UUCGCGCAGAGCCCAGCUGCCCAAUUCCAAUAUGGUGGCCAGCUUGGCAGACCUACGGUUCUUGUUGAUGAUAUUGUUGCUCUGCGGGAGGAUCGGGGACGGCGCCUGCAGCCAGCAAGCCCCGCGCGUUCUGGGGUUGCGACUGGAGGACCCAGAAGGCCGGGUGUAUAUGAAGGAGAGGAUCAUCUCUGCGCCGCAAGGGGCCAGUUUCAAGCUCCGGCUGUUCGGCUCGGAUCUGAAUGGUACCUGGCCGUGGGUUGCGUUCGCUGGGGCUAGACUGGGAGAGGCCGGGGCGGUGGGGGAUGCAGCCGACCCGUGUGGGCAGGAGACCCGCCGUGACACCUCCGCCUUCCAGGUCACCGGGGAGGUCACGGCGGACGAGGAGUACAGCGGGCUGAUAGAGGUAAAGGUGCGGGACAAGAGCAUUAUGUCUCUCGCUGCAGGGGAUGAUGCCAACCCGACCUACCACCUGUGUGUGCUGAAGAGCGGGAGUUGGGUGUCAGUGGGACCGGACAGGCUGCGGAUCAACAACGAAAAUGGUCUCCCAGCGGACUACAUCCCUCCGUGGGGUGUGGCGGUGCUGAUUGUGCUGCUGAUCCUGGUGUGUGGGGUGCUGAGGACUGUGAACCUCAGCCUGCUGUGGCUGGACCCUCUGGAGCUCUAUGUCCUGCACAGCUGCGGCUCUGAGGAAGACAAACGGGCCGCCAAGCGCCUCGAGCCCAUCCGGAGAAGGGGCAACUUCCUGGUGUGUUCCCUGCUUUUCCUGUGCGCUCUGGGCCAUUCGGUUCUAGGUGUGCUGCUCUACCGGGCCGUGGGUUCCGUAGCGCCCGCCGUCUUCACCAGUGGGUUCCUCAUCUUCCUGGUGUCAGAGCUGGUUCCACACAUAGUGUGUUCCGGCUACGGCUUCCAGCUGGCCCCAGGCCUCACCUGGCUGGCACAGGUGUGUAUGGUGCUGACGUGCCCACUGUCGUGCCCACUGGGCCUGGUGCUGGAUCUGGCACUGAGGCGUGACAUCAGCACCUGCGGCGUGAGGGAGAGGGCCAUGGAGAUGAUACGCACCAAUGUCAACGACCCCUACAGUGAGUUUGUGAAGGAGGAGUUUAGCCGUGGUGCGCUGCGCAGUAAGACCGUGGAGGACAUCCUGACUCCGCUCAAGGACUGUUUCAUGCUGUCUUCCACCGCUGUGCUGGACUUCUCCACCAUGUCCGAGAUCAUGCAGAGUGGAUACACACGUGUCCCAAUCUACGAAGAGGAGAGGUCCAACAUCGUGGAGAUACUGUACGUGAAGGACCUGGCUCUGGUCGACCCUGAUGACUGUACUCCCAUGACAACUAUCACCAAGUUCUACAACCACCCUCUGCACUUUGUCUUCAACGACACCAAACUGGACGCCAUGCUGGAGGAGUUCAAGAAAGGAAACUCAGCCCUGGCCAUCGUUCAGAAGGUGAACAACGAGGGGGAGGGGGACCCCUUCUACGAGGUGCUGGGAUUGGUCACCUUGGAGGACGUCAUCGAGGAGAUCAUCAAAUCAGAGAUCCUGGAUGAGUCUGACGGAUACAUCGACAUGAAGGUGAAGCGUCCUCUGGCCCCUCUGGAGAUUUCCCUGGAGCCUCGCAGCGUCCACGAAGAAUUCUCUCUGUUCAAACUUCCCGAGGGUGAACCCAAGAUCCGCACCUCUCCCCAGCUACUGCUGGCCACACACCGCUUCCUGUCCAGAGAGGUAGAACACUUCAGCCUGGCCCGUGUGUCAGAGAAGGUGUUGUUCCACCUGCUGCGUCACCCCAGUGUCAACCAGGAAGUCCACUUUGACCCCUCCAACCGCCUGAGCGCAGACCACUACCUUUACACACGCAACCACCCCGUAGACUACUUCAUACUGCUACUACAGGGCCGUGUGGAGGUGGAGAUCGGUAAAGAGGGCUUGAAGUUUGAGAACGGAGCAUUCACAUACUACGGUGUGUCUGCACUCACAUUGCCAACCUCCGUGCACCAGUCUCCAGUGUCGACCCAGCGUCGUUCUCCCAGGGAUCCGUUUGAGUUGGGAGAUGCCACCAGCUCGUCCAGCUACUGUCCUGACUACACCGUCCGUGCCCUCACUGACCUGCAGCUCAUACGGGUGACUCGCAUGCAGUACCUGAAUGCUCUAAUGGCGUCACGUGUUGGCCAGAGCCCAGACCCUUCUGAAAUCAAGAUCCUGCCCAACAGCCAGACCAAGCUGCUCAACGAGAGGAACAUCACCACGCACGAGUUCCCUGAAAACUUUUCUUUCUUUGACAACAUUGACAACUACUGUUAGUGUUUUCUGUGUGCAUGAGGUGGCAGUAAAUCCCAGGAGAGUUCCACAGAAGAGGAGGCUCAUGGGUAAUGCAGUUCUCUCCCUCAGAACGACGUGUGUUACUCAGACGACCAACCGACAGUCACAUGCGACUGUUUUUAGGAGUAGACUUCAUGUGUUUAUCUCUGAAAUGCAGUGAUUGAACCUGGCUAGUGUGAGCGUGUGUGUCGCUGCUGCACCAUCCUCAGCUGUACUUCUCAUUCAUUAUGUUUCGCAUUGAAUCAGCCAUGACUAUUGUGCGUGUGUAUGCAUACCUGUGUGUGUACGCGGUGUGUGUGUCUCCUCCCUGUUGUAAUUCAGCCUCCUUUCCUAAACGUUACAUUGCCUGUUCCUUCAUUUAUUAUCAGUGUGCCAAAGCGACUCACCUUAACCUCCUGUGGGUGUGUGUGCGUGGAUUGUCAAAACCCGUCCGUCCAUCCAAGCAUUAGACAGAGGGUGGUAAAAACAGUUGAUUUGCACUAAAGUGUGGUGAUUUGCUUUAGUCGUUGAGUUAUACGUCCAUUUAUACACUCCCACAUUUCAGACGCAUACAUAUUUGUAUGUAGAGCCAAAUAUUGCUUGUUUCUGUUGUUUAUACCAUUCAAUGCAGUACUUAUUGCUGCCUAAUGAAGGCCUGUAUUUUUUUCUUUAGUUAGUGAUAGAUCGCCCAACAUUUAAUAAAUAUCUAUUUGAACAUUUUCGUAUUUGAACAUUUUCAGUGAACUAUCCCUUUAAGAGAGCUGAUUCGAUGCCUAUUCCUUUGCACAGUCAGACGUUUAGCUUUAGGUCUGAGCUGUGAUGAGCGAGGCAGAUUACGUGAAAGAGGCAGAUUACCCUGACCCACUCUGCUUUCAUGCAUUCUUUUUGUGUGGCCAACAAGAUUCAUGAAGUUGCCGUAGUGUGUGUGUGUGUGUGUAUGUGUGUGUUUGUGUCAUAUCUAAAGCACCUUGUUGAUUCUUCUCAUCCUUGAGUUCCAUUAACAUUCCGCAUCACUUCUGUGUCCAGGUGUGGGAGUGUGUGUCUGCUGUUUGGCUGGCCAUAUGUGUGUUGUCCGUCAGUCUUACAGACUCCUUCAGGAAACUCAAUUUCCCAUGUUGCAGCGUACCUACCCAUGUGUGCAGGGAACACAUCUGUUACCCACUGUCGAGACUGGAAACCUAGAGAACGGCCUGGUCCAGAAUCAACCCCUUGGGCCUUCCCCUAAUGCCUUCCCCUGGCCCAUAGCUGUCUACCCUUUUCUUGUAGGCCUUAGUUAUUGAAUUAAUGUUGGUUGAUCUAAAGAAAAGGUGGUGACUCCACCUAGACUUUGUCAGGCCACGGGGACCUUUCACCAUGACCUAUCUGAUUAAUUCUGAUCUGCAAAUAUCAAACAAAGAGGGGGUAGGAGUCUUUUGGAGUGGAUCAGAGUGCACAGUGCAGACCAUAGCAAAAUGUUUUGCAAUGGAAAAUGAAAAACAAUAAUUUCUUAUUGGACAAGUUCGGGUAGUCCAACCCUGUUUCAGUCGUGUUCUUCUGUUUGGUGCCUAAUGAACAUGACACAGUGUUUCCCAGCGGUCAUGUUAGGGGCCGGCCAUCUUGUUUGCCUCAGUCCUUCCCCACCCUUCUGAGGGAGGGUCUCGUUUUUGUUUAUCUACUUUAACAAUAAAAAAAAAUCAUU